AUGGCUUCUCCUUGUCCGGCUUUCGCCACCCCGAUUGCCGUUCCGAGAUCCACCCUCACAUCCCUCAUCUCCUCCUCCUCAUCAUGUACCCCACGACCUGUGCGCACGCCCGCUCCCCCCACCCAUCGCCGCCUCAUUCAUAUGGCUGCUCCUGCGGGAACAGUAGCCUCUACAUUCCGUCGCACAGUCCCUUCGUCGGAGGCUGCCACCACUUACGACUACAUCAUUGUCGGUGGCGGUGCUGCCGGAUGCGUCCUCGCCAACCGUUUAACUGAGGAUCCUUCAACCCGUGUACUACUUCUCGAGGCCGGCAAACCCGACGACUCCUUCUAUCUUCACGUCCCUCUUGGGUUCCCUUAUCUUCUCGGCUCCCCGAACGAUUGGGCUUUUGUCACAGAGCCCGAACCAAAUCUCGCCAACCGCCGUCUUUACUUUCCUCGCGGAAAGGUCCUCGGCGGCUCCCACGCCAUCUCCGUUAUGUUGUACCACCGCGGACACCCAGCCGACUACACCGCAUGGGCAGAAAGCGCCCCAGGUUGGGCCCCCCAAGAUGUUCUUCCGUACUUCCUCAAGAGCGAGUCGCAGCAGAGCGCCGUCCCCAAUCAAGACGCACAUGGCUAUGAAGGACCGCUUGCUGUUAGUGACCUCGCCCGCCUUAACCCUAUGUCUAAGGCUUUCAUUAAGGCAGCUCAUAACGCAGCCGGUCUCAAUCAUAACCCUGACUUCAACGACUGGGCAACUGGCCAGGAUGGCGUAGGGCCAUUCCAAGUCACACAACGUGAUGGAAGCCGUGAAUCCCCAGCCACCAGUUACCUUCGCGCAGCGAAAGGAAGGCGCAAUCUCACUGUCAUGACCGGCGCUGUCGUUGAGAGAAUUUUAUUUGAGAACCCAGCCGGUUCCUCCACUCCUGUCGCCACGGCAGUAUCUUUCAUUGAUUCGAAGGGUACGCGGGUUCGGAUGUCUGCCAGCCGGGAGAUUCUUCUGUGUGGCGGUGUCUACGCUACACCCCAGCUUCUCAUGCUUUCCGGCGUUGGCCCGGCCGAACAUCUGCGCAGUCACGGCAUUGAAAUUGUUGCUGAUGUACCUGCAGUUGGCCAAAAUCUCCAAGAUCACGCCGCAGCAAUGGUCAGCUUUGAGUCACAAAAUCCAGAAAAGGACAAGGCCAAUUCCUCUGUGUACUACACCGAACGCACAGGCAAGAAUAUUGGAACACUACUUAACUACGUAUUCCGGGGCAAGGGUCCACUAACGUCUCCUAUGUGCGAAGCCGGAGGCUUCGCCAAGACUGAUCCGUCCAUGGACGCUUGCGAUUUGCAGUUGCGGUUUAUCCCUUUCGUCUCAGAGCCAGACCCCUACCACUCCCUCGCCGACUUCGCAACAGCGGGUUCUUACUUGCAAAAUCGAGCAAACAGACCCACUGGAUUCACGAUCCAAUCAGUUGCUGCUCGCCCGAAGUCACGAGGACACGUGCAACUUCGAUCUACGGACGUGCGCGAUAGUAUGAGUAUUCAUGGAAACUGGAUUUCUAACGACGCGGAUCUCAAAACACUGGUGCACGGGGUGAAGCUGUGCCGAACGAUUGGGAAUGACGACAGUAUGAAGGAAUUUAGAGGUAGAGAGCUGUAUCCUGGUGGCGAAAAAGUGUCUGAUGCCGACAUUGAAGCAUAUAUCCGGGAUACUUGCCACACUGCCAACGCAAUGGUUGGAACUUGCCGCAUGGGAAUUGGGGAACAGGCGGCUGUUGAUCCGGCAUUGCAGGUAAAGGGUGUUGCACGGCUACGAGUUGUCGAUUCGUCCGUCAUGCCUACACUUCCAGGAGGGCAGUCUGGUGCACCAACAAUGAUGAUUGCGGAGAAGGGAGCUGAUCUGAUUCGCGCAGCUGCGCGACAAGCAGAUGCUGCAACAGUUGGUGCGGCUGCAUAAAGGAGGAAGUUUCUAAGUGCAGAACCGCUGCAGGAGGCAAUCUCAAAAGUUAGGGCUUGCUUAUACAUGCUUGCAGACAGGGUAAAUAUACAUUCUGCUCCAAAGCCACUGUAGCUUGGCGGGCGUUACAGAACAUCGAUAUGUGUGCGAGUCUAAAGCACGAAUGAAAAUGACUUGCUUCCUCAGCUUCUCCAGCGAUUGUUCUCGAUCUAGACGAGCGGUCCGUGUCCUAGGUUAGCUGCCUGAGGCUGAGUGCCAUGCUAGUCCCCUGGUUCUGCAGGCAUUAACUUCUCCGACUUAAAACGGCCUUCGUGCUAACUUGUCU